AUGGUCUCCAGGAGCCAAGGCAAAGCAGAGGGCUGGCCGUGGCUGCGCCCAGCACUCUGCUGCCAUCACUUCUUCCUGGUGCAUUCACAAGGCAUUGAUCUACCUUCAUCCCAAAAAGCCUUGGCCUGCCAUCACCUUCCACAGGUGCACCCCAAAAACCUUGGUCCUGCCAUCACCUUCCACUGGUGCACCCAAAAAGCCUUGGCCUGCCAUCACCUUCCACUGGUGCACCCCAAAAACCUUGGUCCUGCCAUCACCUUCCACUGGUGCACCCAAAAAGCCUUGGCCUGCCAUCACCUUCCACUGGUGCACCCCAAAAACCUUGGUCCUGCCAUCACCUUCCACUGGUGCACCCAAAAAGCCUUGGCCUGCCAUCACCUUCCACUGGUGCACCCCAAAAACCUUGGUCCUGCCAUCACCUUCCACUGGUGCACCCAGAAAGCCUUGGUCCUGCCAUCACCUUCCACUGGUGCACCCAAAAAGCCUUGGCCUGCCAUCACCUUCCACUGGUGCACCCCAAAAACCUUGGUCCUGCCAUCACCUUCCACUGGUGCACCCAAAAAGCCUUGGCCUGCCAUCACCUUCCACUGGUGCACCCCAAAAACCUUGGUCCUGCCAUCACCUUCCACUGGUGCACCCAAAAAGCCUUGGCCUGCCAUCACCUUCCACUGGUGCACCCCAAAAACCUUGGUCCUGCCAUCACCUUCCACUGGUGCACCCAGAAAGCCUUGGUCCUGCCAUCACCUUCCACUGGUGCACCCCAAAAGCCUUGGUCCUGCCAUCACCUUCCACUGGUGCACCCAAAAAGCCUUGGCCUGCCAUCACCUUCCACUGGUGCACCCCAAAAGCCUUGGUCCUGCCAUCACCUUCCACAGGUGCACCCAGAAAGCCUUGGUCCUGCCAUCACCUUCCACUGGUGCACCCAGAAAGCCUUGGUCCUGCCAUCACCUUCCACUGGUGCACCCCAAAAGCCUUGGUCCUGCCAUCAGCUUCCACUGGUGCUCCCAGAAAGUGUUUGUCUCCAGGAGGGACACAGGACCCCCUCUGGACCCCCAUCUGCGGCAGGACCCUGGUGCAGCGAUGAGACUUGGUGCCUGCCUGGCCAGCCAGCACGGCACCGGCAAGCUGGAGCUUGGGCUGCUGCCUCUCUCCCUGAUGCCAGCCACGCUGCUCCUCCUCCUCCUCCUCGACCCCACCGGCACCACCUCUGAGCCCGCGCUGUUGCCAUUCCCAGAGAUCCGCCUGGCCAACGGCCCCAGCCGCUGCCAGGGGCGGGUGGAGAUCCUCUACAACGGCUCCUGGGGCACAGUCUGCGACGACGACUGGGACAUCGUGGAUGCCAACGUGGUGUGCCGCCAGCUGGGCUGCGGGCACGCCGUGGCCAUGCCCGCCCCCAUGACCUUCGGCCAGGGCACCGGCCCCAUCCUCCUGGACAACGUGGACUGCAAGGGCCAGGAGGCAGCGCUGAGCGAGUGCUGGAGCCACGGCUGGGGCAUCCACAACUGCUACCACUACGAGGACGUGGCGGUGGUGUGCAACGAGUUCUCACCCACGCAAGCCAGCGAAGGACCAACAAGCAGGACCCUGACUGCCUCGGUCCAGGACGGGGAAAGCGAUGGCAGCAUCCGGCUGGUGAGCGGCGCCGACGGCUGCCAGGGCCGGGUGGAGAUCUUCUACCGUGGCAACUGGGGCACCGUCUGCGACGACGACUGGGGCCUGAGCGAUGCCAGCGUGGUGUGCAGGCAGGUGGGCUGCGGGCAGGCCCUGGACUACAAGAGCAAUGCCUACUUUGGCUACGGCACCGGGCACAUCCUGCUGGACAACGUCCACUGCGACGGCACCGAGCCCUUCCUGGCUGCCUGCUACAGCCUGGGCUGGGGCAUCCACAACUGCGGGCACCACGAGGACGCUGGGGUCAUCUGCACAGGGCUGGACACCUCCACCAUCACCUCCUUCACCACCUCGGUGGCCCUGGACUCCACAGAGACCCUCACUGCCACGGCCACAGCAGUGACAGACAGCAGGGACCAGCCCUCCCAGGCCACCGAGGUGGCCACUGCUGCUCUCCUCACCGUGGAGCAGGAAAGUGGCGCCUUGCGGCUGGCGAACGGGAACGGGAGCUGCCGCGGGCGGGUGGAGGUGCGGCACGGCGGCACCUGGGGCACCGUCUGCGACGACGACUGGGACUUCCCCGACGCCCAGGUGGUCUGUCGCCAGCUGGGCUGCGGCGCCGCCCUGGCCGCCACCGUCCUGGGCUCCUUCGGCUACGGCAGCGGCCCCGUGCUGCUGGACAACGUGGGCUGCGGCGGCGCCGAGCCGCGCCUGGCGGACUGCUUCCACCUGGGCUGGGGGCAGCACAACUGCGGCCACCACGAGGACGCCGGAGUCAUCUGCAGGGGCACUGAUGAUGCUGAGGAGCAUUUCCAGGAAGCCACUGCCACAACCACCACAGCAGCCUGGACUCGCCCCAAGGAAGGGUCCCUGCGCCUGGUGAACGGCAGCCACCGCUGCGAGGGGCGGGUGGAGAUGUUCUACCUGUCGCAGUGGGGCACAGUGUGCGACGACGCCUGGGACCUGCGGGACGCCGAGGUGGUGUGCAGGCAGCUGGGCUGCGGGCAGGCGCUGGCGGCCUGGGGCGAGGCUCGCUACGGCCAGGGCAGAGGCUACAUCUUCCUGGACAACCUCAAGUGCAAGGGCCACGAACCUGCCCUGCUGCGCUGCUCGCACAUCCGCUGGGACGUCCACAACUGCGACCACUCGGAGGAUGCCGCUGCGGUCUGCCGCCGCCUCUGAGCCCCGCAGCUCAGGUGGAAGGACCCAGCCUGCAGCACCAGCAGCCUUCACCUCUGCCUGCUUCUGGUUCCUAAGGGCUCACCAGCAAAGUGACCUUUGUGUGUGGGGGUGAGGGGGCUGGGCUGUGAGGGUGGGCAUGGGCUGCAGAGUGGCACAGAGCAGGCCCUGGCUGCCCCCUGCUCUGCUGCUGCAGCUCUGUAGUUAGCAGCAGAUUGUCUGUGUGCCUGGGCUGGGUCUGGGGAGGCUUCCCCUGAGGAGCACCCUGAUAUGG